UUAACCAAGCUCGUCCAGCUCGUCACAGUCCCGCGCAUCCGCCACGCGACGCUGGCCGCGCACACCGUCAUAAUCGGCCAGCAGCUCUACGGGAUCAACAUCAUCAGCUUCUACAGCACGUCCAUCUUCACCGCCGCGUCCUUCACCCCGCUCGCGGCCCUGCUCGCGUCGUCCAGCUUCAGCCUACUCAACUUCCUGUUCGCCGUCCCGGCCAUCUGGACCAUGGACUCGUUCGGGCGGCGCAGCUUGUUACUAUGGACGCUGCCCGUUAUGGGUCUAUGUAUACUGCUCGCGGGGGUGUCGUUUACGACGACAACGACAGCGACGACCGUGUCCGCACGGUUCGUGCUGUUAGCGAGCAUAGUAUACUUGUUCUGCAUCGCGUACUCGCCGGGUAUGGGCCCCGUACCGGCGGCAUACUCGGCCGAGGUCUUCCCACUCUCGCAUCGGGAGCUUAGGAUAAGCAGUACCGUAUCGGCGACAAACGUACGGGCGGCCGCGCUGUCGGCGAGUUUCCCCUGGCUGGUGGGCGUGGCGGGUAAGGGUCCGGUGUUUGGCCUAUAUGCGGUACUGAACGUCGUGGCGUGCGUGCUCGUAUGGGUGUUUAUUCGCGAGACCAGGAGGAAGACGCUCGAGGAGCUAGACGGGGUGUUUAAGGCGGGCAUGGGCGAGUCUAUAAAGUUCGAGGCCCGGAAGCUUGUGAAUGCGGUCAAGAUGUCGCUGGGAAUAGGUAGGAGCUAG